GAAAAUCGGCAAAACAGUCUGUCACCGCGUUCGUUUCUCUUUGUGCACCGUUCUUUCAGCGCCCAGUCGUGGUCUUCCCUCGUUCAACCUUUUCAAAAAAUUGUUCACUACUAGUUCGCGGCCAUUAAAAAACACUGCAAUACAAAAGUUAUUUUAUCAUUUCCUAAUCAGUACAGUGAUAACUAUACCGACAGCAGCAUCACGGCGACCGUGGGCUAAAAAAAGCAAAAUGUAUGCGUACAGUGGGAUUUUCGGCACCUUCGUGCUGCUACUAGCGGUGGCGUUUGCCCACGAUGAGGACACCCAAAGCGUCCUGCUGACCAAGGACAACUUCGCGUCGGAACUGGAGACGAGCAAUUACUUUGUGAUGUUCUUCGCUCCCUGGUGCGGUCACUGCAAAAAGCUAGCUCCGACCUGGUCCAAGUUGGCUGAAAGCAAAAACGAAGACAGUGCGGCCCAGGUAAAGAUCGGCCGAGUAGACUGCACUACCGACGGUGAGCUAUGCAGCGAACAGGACGUCACCGGCUAUCCAACGCUGAAGUUCUUCAAAGCCGGAGCCACCGGUUCGGAGGCAUCGGUCAAAUAUCGGGGAGCGCGUGAAAUGGACGCCUUCGGUUCCUUCCUCCGGGAGCAGCUCGGUUUGGAAGCGACAGAAGAUGAUGAUGAGGAGGAGACAGAAUCCGUUGCCGAACCGCCGAAACCCGUUUCGGCACUGGUCGAGCUGACCGAUGACACCUUUGCCAAGCACAUCUCCAGCGGAAAGCAUUUUGUCAAGUUCUUCGCCCCAUGGUGUGGUCACUGUACCAAGCUGGCACCCACCUGGGAACAGCUGGCCGAAACGCUACAACACGACACAUCGAUCAGCGUGUCCAAAAUCGACUGCACCCAGUACCGGCCGAUCUGUACCGACUUCGAGGUGAAAGGCUAUCCAACGCUGCUGUGGAUCGAGGACGGCAAGAAGAUCGAAAAGUACUCCGGUGCUCGAACUCACGAGGACUUGAAGGCGUACGUGUCCAAAAUGGCCGGCGGAAUUAGCGGUGACGAAACCGAAAAAACGAUUGAUGGCGCCGAAAAAGACAACACUUCGGCAGUUCUGCAACUAUCGGAACCGAACUUCCAGCACACCAUUGAAAAGGGUGUCACCUUUAUUAAAUUUUACGCUCCCUGGUGUGGUCAUUGUAUGCGCCUGGCUCCAACCUGGGAACAGCUGGCGGAGAAAUUCAUCGGCUCGGAUACGGUCAAGAUCGCCAAGGUGGACUGCACCCUCGAGGUGAACAAGGUUCUGUGCGGCGAACAGAAGGUGAACGGUUUCCCUACCGUUUUUAUCUACCGCAACGGAGAGGUCCUGAGCGAGUACAACGGUAAUCGUUCGCUAGAGGAUCUGCACGAUUUCGUUACCCGGCAUCUGGUCGAACACGACGAGUUGUAAUUCGUGUCUCCCCCUAACCGGAACUGUUGCGUUUCAUUCAAUCAUAUCUCGAUUCUGGCGACCAGUACGGCGCUGAUUAGAUUGUGGAAAAGCAGCGCAAAAAGACAAAAAAGAACAAACUUAAACGUAGAAACAUUUAUUAAAUUUAAAUAAAAAGUGAAAUGGAUAAACCA